AUGUCGGACACACAUAUGCUUGGUGAAAAUAAAUCAACAUACUCGCGUGGACCUAGAGGAAGAGGCUACAGCAGACCAUCUUCGCAAAAUUCACAGAAUUCGGAAUUAUCAUCACCCAGCCCUGGUACCUCGAUGUUUUGCUCCUCGAUCCUAACAUCUGCCGAAAGACUACAAAUUACAUCAAAAACACAGGAUGACAAAUUAAAACAGAUUCAGGACACAGCUAAAGAAAACCAACAUCAGGAUAUCCAAAUGACGUCACCGAACUUCAAUAACAAAAGGAACUUUUCGGGAUCCCAUAAUAAUUCAGGAAUCUCUCCACUCAUACAGAAAAACACAAGAAAAAGGAUAAAGAACACUGGAAACCCACAUGAUCACAACAAUAAUGGCUCAACUAAGGCCAACACUUCACACUACACAAACAACAAUAUAAUGAUACCUAAAGAAACACAUCCCUCGAACGAGACUCAAACCCUCUCGUUAAAUAAAGCACACAUAGAACAAAAUCAGCUACUACUGAGAUCCCCCCCCUCUAUCUCCAGCUGCUCAUUCUACAACUCAACAAGGAAUCAGGUCUUCUCCAAAUCUGCACCAAGAAUGGUUUGCCAACCAGGGUCCACCCCUUAUUCAGUAUAA